AUGUCGCGCCUCACAGCGACGCAAGUGAUAUCUCUGGGAGAAUAUCUGGAACCAGAUUUCAACCCUGCAUCUCUCACAAUAUCCCAGCUCCUCGGUGUCCUGGGCUAUCACAACAUCCAAUAUCCAACUCCGUACUCCAAGGCCAAGCUUGUUAAGGUCUUCAACGAUGAAGUCAAAACGCGAGCAGCCAAAUUCAAGAAAGAACGCAUGAAAAGGAACAACAGUGCUCCCAGUGACGAUGGAAUCAUGGACGGAGUCACAGGUCGCCCGCUGGCUGCCGUGAGGAAGACCGCACCCCGCCGCUCCUCUAGGCGGCUGUCGCAAGCACCUGUCGAGGUCGAAGACGACGAGGAAGACGUCCCGCCACCCGAACCUCCCAAACGAAGGCGAUCUUCAGCACAACCCACUUUGGGCGGUUCCUCACGUCGCAGAUCUACAGUUCAGCCUCCACUUAUAGAAGAGAGCGAACCGGAAGAAGAGGAAGUCCAGCCUCCCAAGAAAAUUGUUCGAAGUAAGAAAUCGACAUCUCGCCGAAUAUCUGAAAAGUUCGGCGAAGAUAGCGGAUGGGAGGACAACAAUAUCUUUCAGUCUGGGGCAGAGUCUUCGUCUCCAGCGCGACCCUCGCCCGCACGAACACGAGUUCCAAGGAAAAGUGGCACAGUCCGGAGGUCACGAAAGUCUAUGUCUGCGCCUCCCGACUCAUCGCCAACGAGAAGCUCACCAUUUUCUCCUCCUGAAUCGUCGUUCAACCCAAGAUUCGACAGACCACCUCCCCCGCUCGUGUUUCCCAGUCCAGUUCAAAAGCCAAAGUCUAUCCCAGCUCCAGUGUCUCCCUUCCAGUUCGUACCUCGGGAACCAUCCAAAGAAGAAGAGGAUCGUGACGAGUAUCAUGCGGGGGAAGGCCAUCUCCAGCAGGAAGUAUACGAGGACAUCAUUGUUCCCGUCAAGAAGGAGGAAGAUGACCAAGAGCCAGAGCUGCAGCACCCUGACGAUGAACGAGAUGAAGUUGAAGGCGAAAGAGAACUUGGAGAGUCGGAGGAGAAGCAGUUGGUUACAUCCGAGAGCGCAGAAUUGGCGCCUGGAGCUGCGAGGUUAACCUUCUCUCGCUUGUCCAUUCGUUUGGCAAUCCUGUUGUCCGUCAUUCUCGCUGCUAUAGCCAUGUGGGAUUACAAAAUGGAAUCGGCGGCCAUCGGUUUCUGCGACACUGACAGUAAAACCAACGACGCGCUAGAAGCUGCCCGAUCGUACAGAGAUGCCGUAGAGGCCUGUAACAAAGAGAACCGGACGGAACUGUAUCUUCCCUCUCUCCGCGACUCCGAUCUCAACGAAACCGCUAUUGCCUGUCCAUUGCCACCACUGGUGCCCCGCCCCCAUCCCGAUGCUUGCACGCCAUGUCCCAGACAGGCGACAUGUUCGCAGUUUUCCGUCCAGUGUGACAAUGGCUACCUCUUGAAGCCUCCUCUACUGCUUGGCUUCCUCCCCGACCCGCCUCAUUCGUUCAACUUGUCAAUAUCAUCGUCAUCCACACCAUCAGAAAUCAUAUGGUCGUUGUUGUCUACUGGACUUAACGGGCUUCCUGGGUUAGGCCCCAUUGCACUGCCUCCUCGAUGUGUUCCGGACCCGAAAUUGCAACUCAAAAUCAGUGCCUUGGGUAAAGCCAUGAAAUCCAUGCUCUCCCAAGAACGCGGCAGCCGUCUGUGCGUGGGUGGAAAGGAACUGAAAAAAGUAUAUUCCGAGGAAGAUGGGGGAGAGGCUCGUAAAUGGGGAGUCGAACUUGAAACGCUUCGGGAAAUCGUGAAGGGUAAAACUUCACCUAGUUUGAAGUCGGCAUUCAAUGAAACCUUCGACAAAGCUGUUGAAGAGCUCGUUGCAUGGGGUCGAGUCCUUCGUUCUUCGGAUAAGGAGGGUAACAGCUAUCUCGCAAGUAAGGAUGCAGACUUGACAUGGGGGUGUAUGAUUACCGUCAAGUCAAGAGAGUUGUGGGCUGCCUGGAGACAAACCGCAUUAGGGGUUGUGGUCGCCAUUCUUGCGACACUCUUCGCUCGUUUGAGGGUGCUCAAGAAGAAAUCGGAAGCCCGACGUGUCUCUGAGCUUGUCCAAAUCGCGUUGGACACGUUGAGGAACCAGGAAUUGGCCCACCAUACGGACCCCGUCAGCACCCCUCAUCCGUAUUUGUCCUCGAUUCAAUUGAGGGAUGUCAUUCUUCAGAAUGAACACUCGAUUCCUACCCGACGAAGGUUAUGGGACAAGGUGGAGCACAUCGUAGAAGGAAAUGCGAAUGUCCGUGCUAACCUCGAGGAAAUCGAGGGUGGCGAUGAAUUGAGGGUGUGGAGGUGGGUGGGAAAUACCGGUCGUGGAUUGGCAUAG